AUGGAUUUAAGACAAUUCACUACAACUCCAAACAAUUUGGAUCAACAAGAUCAAAGACGUACUUCAGUAUCUUCUUUAUCUUCUUAUGCUUCUUCUGCUUAUGGUGGUCAAACUCCAAAUAGUUCAAGAUUAACUCAAUCACGUUAUUUUGGACUUCCUGGUUCAUCUGGUGCACCUGGUUCAUCUGGUCCAACUGGUCCAACUGGUGCUUCUAUUAUUCCAAAUUCUGCUCCUGCUUCAAAUGGUGGUAAUCAUCCUUCAACUGGGGGUAAUAAUCAAUUUGGUGGUGGAAACCAACAACAACAACAACAAUCUUGGUUAAAUCAACAAGGUAUGCUGAAUGUUACUCCAUGGAUUGAACAACAACAAGAAGUUUCAAAUCCAAGCUCUCAAAUCAAUGUUAAUUCAAUUGAAAAUCAAAAUUUUGUUAAUAACUAUGGUAAUAAUUUAAAUCAACAAAAUUUAAAUUUACAUCAACAAAUUAAUAAUCAAAAUCAAAAUCAAAAUCAAAACUUAUCCCAACAAGCUACUGCUGGUGGGAUUUCUAAUGUCUCUAAUGUUUAUCAAAAUCAAAAUCAAAAUUCUAAUUAUGACCCUCAAUCAACAAGAGUUUCUCCAAGUACUUCAAAUGUUUUACCUCAACAAAAUUCAUCAUCUUUACAAAAUGAUGAAACUAACGAGAUUCAUGAAAAAGUCGUUAAUGAUUUAAGUACUCUUGUUAAUGAUAACGACGAUAACGAUUCCAAUAAUGCCAAUAAAAUUACUGAUCAAAAUCAAAAUCAAAAUCAAAAACAACAAUCCCAAAAUGAUGAUAAUGAUGAACAACAACAACAACAACAACAAAAUGACCAAGGAUUAAAUGAAAAAGAUGAUGAUGAAUUAAUCCCAACUGCAAUUGUUAUUAAAAACAUUCCAUUUGCAAUUAAAAAAGAACAAUUAUUAGAUGUAAUGACAAAAUUAAAUUUACCAUUACCUUAUGCAUUCAAUUAUCAUUUUGAUAAUGGUGUAUUCCGUGGAUUAGCAUUUGCAAAUUUUACAUCAACAGAUGAAACUACUGCAGUUGUUAAUUUAUUAAAUGGUAGAGAAAUUGGUGGUAGAAAAUUAAGAGUUGAAUAUAAAAAAAUGUUACCAUUAGCUGAAAGAGAACGUAUUGAACGUGAAAAAAGAGAAAAAAGAGGUCAAUUAGAAGAACAACAUCGUUCUGCUUCAAAUGUUUCUAUAGCUUCAAUGAUUUCUGCAGCUUCUGCUCCUGCUUCAAGUAUUAUUUCUCAAAAUGUUUCUCAAAAUGUUUCAAAUCAAACAACUACUGCUGCUCAUGUUGCAGCUGCAGCUGCGGCUCAACAACAUCAACAACAACAACAGCAACAUCCACAACAACAACAUCCACAUCAACAACAACAACCUCAAGGUGGUGUUAGUAAUCCAAAUGUUAUUGGUGGUGUUGGAAAUCAACAAGGUGGAUUGAAAAAUAUUAAUUCUAUAAUUGGUGGUGGUGUUGGAAAUUUACAACCUUUACAACAACAAUCAACUGGAUCUGAAAGAUUUUAUGCACCAAUUCCAUUUAUUAAUAAUUUACCAAUUCCUCCACAACAAGUUGAUUUUAAUGAUCCAGAAACUUUAGAAUAUUAUUCUCAAUUAUUAUUUUUUAGAGAUGAUAAAGAUAAAAUUUAUAAUGAAAUUGCUUAUCCAUCUUCAUUAACUUUAAAUCAUAAAAAAAUUAUUUCAAUUUUAUGUGGAUUUUUAGGUUUAUUAGAACAUUAUGAUCAAAAUUUAAUUUUAAUUAAAAGAAGAACUUUAAUUCAUGAUCCUUCUCCUUUAUUAAGAUCUCAAUCUCAUUCAGCAAUUCCUUUAUUAAAUCAACAAUCAACAGGUGGUGCAACAAUCCCAAAUAAUCAAUCUCAAUCAAAUAAUCAAAGAUUUAGAAAUCAACCACCUCCAUUAUCUCAACAAUCUGCUUCAUCAAAUAGAAUUCCAACAAAUUUUAAUUUAGGUGGAUUAAAUAGUGCAUCAAGUAAUGCAUUAUCUUCAGCUGCAUUAUUAAGAAAUAAUCCAACACCAACAAGAGUUCCAAAUUUAUAUAAUCAAUCAAAUCAACAAACUCCUCAACCUCAACAAAUUGCUCAAUCUUCAAAUCCUCAAGUUAUUGGUUCAAAUGGUAUUAAUCAAUCAAAUUCAAAUGGUUAUUUUGGUGGUCAACCAAUUACUCAAUCUCAAUCUCAACCAACUACACCAGGUUUAGAUGCAAUGUCAAGAUUUGCACCUUUUAAUCAAGGUUUAACAAAUUUAAAUUCAUUUGGUUCUAAUAAUCAACCAUCACAAUCAUUUGGUUCUCAACCUCAUCAUCAUUCUUCAACUAAUUUGUUUCAAUCUCAAGGUCAAUUUCCUCAACAUCAACAAGGAAAUUUUAUUCAACCUCCUCAGAAUCAACCUCCAAUUUCUUCAUCACAAGGUCAAUCUCAAAGUCAAGAUGAUUCUUAUAGAGGUUUAAGUUCAUCUUCAAAUUCAAGUAAUGGUGGGAAUGAAACUCCUGGUGAUAUUAAUGAUUCUUUACAAGGUUUAACUUUAUCAUUAGGUGAAAAUCAAGGUUCAAAUUCUCCAAAUAUUUGGGGUCCAAGAGUUCAACCAAGUAUUUGA